CUCCAUUGAACAGAAUAAAACCAUAAUAUGUAUAUAUGUUUCAAUUGAUCAAUAUUCUAUACAUAUCACUCUAAGUACUCCAUAUCUGCACCCAGCCGAGAUACAUCCAACAGCAGAUACUAGUUACAUUACAUAAUCGCUUAGAAGCUGUUCUAAACCUUAUUGAGGCUGGCGCGCCGCUGCUCGUUCGACCGCGACCACCAGGAUCGGUUUGCGUGACCCACGACAGCAUUCAACGUCCACGGCCUUCAUCAUGGGCUCUCUCUGCUAAUGGAGCGAAUAACUAGAUAUUUCUUCAGUAUAUAAUAGCGACUACGCAUUCCUAGAGGUUUUUCGUCUGUUUGGAAGUGACUGCGCAUACAACAAAGACUCAAGAAGCAAAAGAAAAACAAGGAUGAGCGAUCAGUCGUCUCCGCUACAGACCCCCGGCCAGAAUCCCCCCGCUGCGGCGGCCAGCACCGGCAUAAAGAGAGCCUCGCCACCGGUACCAGAGACCGCGAAUAACGGAAUGGCGCUCAAGCGGCCCAAAAUCGCGACCUCGUACUCAAUGCCGCCGCCCGCGCUCAGCAGCUCGAUUAGCUCCCCGAUCGCACCGGCCUCGUCACAACCGUCUCCUCAACCUCUCGCCGGCGGCGUCAGCUCGCCGAUGCCGUUCACGCCGAACCUGAGCUCGGCUGGAGUUUACCCACAGCUCAACAGGACGCUGAGCAGGAGCACGAGUCCCGCGGCGGGAUCGCCAAUGAUGCAUCCGCCCAGUCUCAACUCGCCUGCUCCGGCUGGCUCACCUCUGCCCUCGACUCCCGCUCCUGCCGCUACUCCUGCUGCGGGAGGCACAAAUACCGGUAAAGAGGACCCCGGCGAUUUCUCAGACGCGCUCUUAUCUGCCGGCGUGGAUCUGCGCGCCGAAGAACAACUCCUGUCAUCAUCCCUGCCCAUCCUAUCACAGCAACAACCGCACCAGCCUCUGGGCAACCGCACCCUUUCCGAUCCAAGCAUGUACCUCGGCGAAGAUCUCUCAGACUUGUACCCACCCGACCCGCUCCAAACCCACCGCCUCGCUCCCUUUCUCGACAUGCGCGUCGUGCGAAAUAUGGUCGCCGAGUCCGCGCUGGGAUCCGAUAUCCGAAUACCGCCUUUGCCGCCCCAACUCGCCGCACAGGUCGCCAGCGGCGAAACAAAAGAUAACGACGCGCUCGUGCUGAUUUCGCUGGCGUGCCGGGAAUGGCUCAGCGAUAUCCUGACGGCGGCGGUCAUCACUGCGCGGUAUCGACGCGAGUCGGGCGUGCGAAACAGCAGCACGUCGAACGCCUCAGAUGUCGCAAAGGCGCUGCGGCAUGUGGCGAUCAAGGAGAAGGAGAAGGAGGACAAAUACCAGACAGAAAAAGCACAGCUCGAGAUCCGCACCGGCAACGGCUUCGGCGGGUCGUCCUCCGACGCAAGCGGUUCCGGCGGCACAAAAGCAGGCGACGGCGCAAGCCAUGCGACCGAAGAAGUCAUGCAUCGGCAGACCAACGCCACCGCAGCGCUGAUGGUCUCCGGUGGCAGGAAAAAAUACUCGUGGAUGACCGGCGGCGGAGGAGGGUCUGCUUCGCCCGCGGCUUCGACACCUGGUGGAUCGACGAGGAAGGAGUCGAGUGGGUCGAGUCACGGAAUCAGGGUGCGUGAAGCUAGAGAGGAGCCGGGCGUUGUGGUUAGAGAUUUAUUGAGCGUGCUUGAGAACGAGAGGGUUGGUGUUGAGAAGACGAUUGCAAAGGGCUGGACGCGUCUUCGAGAUUGAAUUUUUCUUCUUAUAUCGUAUACUUUUGAUAAUACACUAAUUUAUCUUGCUUGAACUGUGAAGGCGAUAUGCCCGGAAAGCACCAGUUUCUUUAGCCGCGACAGGUUUCUCAACUUGAAUAGCGGCCCGGUCGGUAAUAGCAAGUCGGUUAGAGCGAACGAGUGGAGGAUCUGGAUUUCGUCGAAUGAUAG